AUGGCAAGUCUCGGAGGAGGCUGCGAGGGCUGGGGCAGCUCGGGCUCGCAGAGGCUGAGGGACACGACUGCCGGCUCUAAAUACUUCGGAGAUAAACGCUGGGGGGGGGGAGAAGAACUACUUAAGCCGAGGGACGGCGUCGGCAAAAGCGCAAACGUGGGCGAGCAAGCCCCGAGAACGCUGCAGCCGGGAGGAGGUUCCUCCGCUGGGGCAAUCGGGCCAGAAGGGCUGAUUUUAGGGUUAGUCGGUUGUGGAAUCGGCAGAGCCCUGAGCACCGGCUAUUGUCGCCUCUGCCACGGGAAGUUCUCCUCCAGGAGCCUACGCAAUGCUUUCGGGAAGGUGCCUGUGAUGGGGGAGAACUCGGAGAAGCAGCGCCGCGUGGAUCAGGUCUUCUUCACCGACUUCCAGCGGCUGGUCGGCGUGGCGGUGCGGCAGGACCCCGCGCUCCCCCAGUUCGUCUGCAAGAAAUGCCAUGCCCAGUUCUACAAAUGCCGCAGCGUCCUCAGGACGUUUAUCCAGAGGGUGAACGCGUCUCCCACGGGCCAUAUAAAGUCGAAAGGAAAGAGCGGCGCAGCCCAGGCCCAGCCGGGCGCGGAAGGAGGUGCCUCCUGUCUGGUCGACCUGAUCACCUCCAGCCCCCAGUGCCUGCACAGCCUGGUGACGUGGACGCACGCGCAUGCCGGGAGCUGCCCCUCGGUGCCCAGCCUGCAGAGCGUGCUCUCCUCCGAGUACUGCGGCAUCAUCCGCGCCGUCUGGGGCUGCGGGGACGGGCACGACUACGUCAUGGAUACGGAUUCGGACUGUAGCACGGUGCUUGUCGACAACGCCUUGUCUGUCAAACGGGAGUGGAACAAGAGCACGGCGCAGCGCUUGACUGACAAUGGGGCUGGGGCAGACAAUGCCGAGGCUGUUUCUGCUCCCAAACCCCAGCAUGCUCCAGCAAGGACGACAACUUGCCAGCAGCCUGCAAACAAAGGGACCACAUCGGUGCCGCUGAACGUGGAGAACGAGCCGCCGCAGAACAGGGAUUCAUCUCACUCGCAACUGGACAGCACGGCCUCCUUGCAGGAGAAAGCCCUGCCGCAGCCCGUGUCGCCGCUGAGCAGUGCCACAGGACAGUUGAGUGGGAAGCAGGUUCUGUCUGCAACGUCGGAUGAGCGGGUAAAAGACGAGUUCAGUGACCUUUCUGAGGGGGACUUCUUGAGCGACGAUGAAAAUGAGAAGAGAAACGUGCAAUCUUCAGAUGACUCCUUCGAGCCUUACCCCGAAAAGAAGGUUUCUAGCAAGAAAAGUGACAGCAAAGAAGCAAAGAAGGCGGAAGAGCCCAAAAUAAGGAAGAAGCCUGGGCCUAAGCCAGGCUGGAAAAAAAAAAUCAAAUGUGAAAGGGAGGAGCUGCCUACCAUUUACAAGUGUCCUUACCAGGGAUGCACGGCCGUCUACAGAGGGGCGGAUGGCAUGAAGAAACACAUCAAAGAGCAUCACGAAGAGGUUCGGGAGAGGCCCUGUCCUCAUCCUGGCUGCAACAAGGUGUUCAUGAUUGACCGGUACCUGCAGCGUCACGUGAAGCUCAUUCAUACAGAGGUACGUAAUUAUAUCUGUGAUGAAUGUGGGCAGACCUUUAAGCAACGCAAACACCUCUCGGUCCACCAGAUGCGGCACUCGGGAGCAAAGCCCCUCCAGUGCGAAAUCUGUGGUUUCCAGUGCCGACAGCGAGCGUCGCUCAAGUACCACAUGACCAAACACAAAGCCGAGACGGAGCUGGAGUUUGCCUGCGACCAGUGUGGGAAGCGCUUCGAGAAGGCCCAUAACCUUAAUGUCCACAUGUCCAUGGUGCACCCUCUGACCCAGACUCAGGACAAAGCCAAGCCGCUGGAGCCAGAGCCCAUUCUCCUCCUAAAUACUUCAGGGACUUCAGAAAGCCAGGCGGUAAAGCCAGAAGUGACUGCACAGCAGGAGCCCACCUGAGGGGGACAGGGAUGCUUUCCCAGUCCAGCCCCGUAGAAACCAUGCGGCAGAACGGAGAUUUUUUUUAUCUACAUUUUAGUCUCCCAAAGAACUCAGUGGAAUUAGCUUCAGCUUGCUCAGAAAAAGCUUGUUAUCAUGCUGUGAUUCUCCAUGCUCACGUCUGAUUCAGCAGUGUUGUACUAAGAGUCUGUCUAAUCCCAGGGGAAUGGAUGUUCGGCAGCACCCCUUCGUGGUCCCCCUUCUCCCCACGCGCACAGUUGUAGAAACAAAGUUGGCCACAACUGUCCCCCGCCUGCACAAGCUGCUGCCUGUACGGAAGUGCCCUCGGGUGGCUGUAAGGGUACACAGGGCAGCGAAGCAACUUCAAGCAGACAUUUUGGUUUUUUUGGGGGGGAAAAAAAAAAAAUUAUGAUUCCCAAAGCAAGUCUAAACUGAAAUUUGUAACCUACUUUUUAUUGUAACAAGAGCUUCAUGGUUAUGCUUGUAAUAAAUUAUUUACAAAGUAAUUUGAAAGAAACAGCACUGGUGAGAAAGG